GGUCAAGCCAAAAUAAUGCAACCUGCAUGAUGAUGAGUUGUCUGUGAGCGCGAAACUUUAUGGAUUUUCUCCCUACGAUCUCACUAUACUGGGUUAUUGUAUCAAAUUAAGGACUCAGCAUCAAAGACUUAAGUUACCAUCCUACCCAAGAACGGGAAUAAUUAAGACGACAGGGUUUUACACGUCAAAAUCCGGGGAUGUUUUGGAGGAACGUUCUUCGCGUGUCGUAUCAGAAUUCCGUUGUUACUACGGCAAAAGUGGUUUAAAAGGUCGUUCUUCUUCAGUCUUCUUUUUAUUGCUACCUGUUGAAGGACAUAUCUUCAGUGUUUGCUGGUUUUCGGUUGUUGUAAUCGCAGGAAAUCUAGUAAAAGACACCCUAAUCAUUACUUGCUGUGUUGAUGACGGCGGAUUGAGUCACGGCUGUUUUGAACCGACAAAGCGUCCUCGACGACGGACGCCAAAAAUGUCUACCGAACCUGCUAUCUAGCUGUCACGAGCCAGUAUUAAAUUUUUAUAACUUGCUUCACCAAGAAGGAAGUGCAAGGGUUUGUCUCGAGAAUCAUGGAUGAAGACGAACAAGAUGUUUAUGUUGCACAGUUGCAAGAAGUUUUCGAUAGUUGUGACAGAACUGGAAAGGGGGCUUUGAAUCGGGCUGAGUUGAUUGAACUCUGCAAGAAACUCCAGUUGGAUGAUCAAGUUCCUCAACUUCUGCAGCAAUUACUUGGAAGCGAAGAGGCCGACGGACAAGUGACAUUUGAGGAUUUUAAGGAAGGCUUUGUAGCUGUUCUAUCGCAGGCGAUAGAUGCUCUAUCCUCAAGUGAAGAUGAAGCAGAAACAACAACUGAACCUGUUGAACCCCCAAAGUAUGUAAAGGGAGAGAAGCGUUAUGGGCGUAAGUCAAAGCCAGACACCUCUUACUCUGAAGACCUGUAUUCAGCAGAUGAUGAGAGCUUAGCAGAAAGCAGACCAGCUAGUGCCAGGUCAAGCAGGACCCUGGCUAAUGGCGUCCACGAAGAUCAUACAGACAUGGAGACCUCUAGGGGGGAGAGACCUGGAAAGAUAAGAAGAAAGUUAUCAAGCAGAAAAAGCAGUUUAAGAAACAGUAUACGACGGCACAACUCAAUGAAGUGGCAGAGACACUCUGUGUCUCGUAAUGACUCCACCAUAUCCCAAGAUGACGUAGACAUGGUCGAGUCCAGUGGACAAAUCAAUGCUUCCCGCGAUUCGGUCAAUGCUAUUAAUAAUUCAGGUUAUGAGUCACCCUCUGAAGAAGAGCAACUGAAAGCCAUCUGGACUGAAGUGAAUGUUGGUGCCAAUGGCUUUCUGAACUACCAUGAGCUGGCUCUGGUUUGUGAUCACAUUGGCAUGGACUCCAUGAAUGAACAGGAACUAACUCUUCUAUUUGAAGAGCUUGAUGAAGAUGGAGAUGGCAAAGUUAGUUUUAACGAAUUUCUCCAUGGCCUUUUCGCGGCAAAGGACCAUUAUCAGGACACUAUAGAAGAGGAAUUCGUAGAAAUGACACAUUCUACCCCUGCCUAUUCCCAACCUCCCUCUGGGAACACAAGUAGGAGUAAAAAUACAUCUAGAGAUGAUUUAUUCCUGACUAGAACAGGCGGAACAAAUUCCAGUUUUGGAUUCGAUCUAUUUUCAUCCCUCGACCCAGAUAACACUGGGUUAGCAAAACGUGAAGACAUCAAAGAAUUGUGGGAAGCUCAAGAUCUCCAUGAUGCCAUAGCCGUGCUAGAGCAUGUGGACACGGAUGCUGAAGGGAAGGUCAACCUUCAUCAGCUGACAGACUUACUAGAGACCGUGAUCCACGAGCAGAACGAUGGUCUCUCAAGAGCUGUGGUUGGGAUUUACAAACACGAAGCUGCUUCUAUGAGGUCCCACAUGGAGCAGCUCGGUAAUGAGCGUGACGCAUUGCGUGACAACAUUGUCAAACUGACGGAAGAGAAGGAGAUGUUGAUCGCCGAGAGUGAGGACGCGACGAGACAGCUAGAGCGUAUCCACGAGGGACGCAUCAAAGACACGGAGUCUUCCUUCUUGGAGAAGAUGCAGACACUGCAGCAAACGAUGCAGGAAGAGCGUGAAAAAGACCUGCUGAACUCCACCCAUCACCGCUCCAUGCUCGAGGACUCUCUGAAGAACACGAAGAGCGAGGAAGCGAGACUGAAGCAGAAGCUAGUAGAGGCGGAGGAGGAGAUCUUGAGACUGGAGAAGAACCUCUCGGAGGCACAGGACCGGCUCAGCGCCUCCGAGAUGACACGGGACAGACUCGAAAAGGAGCUUGACUCAAUGUCCGACUUGUCCGUACGGCUUGCAGAUCUAGAAAAACAACAGCUUUUGAAGCAACAGCAAAACCGGAACGCAAACAAGAGCGUGCGAGAACUAGAGCGGAUCAAUCGGGAACUACGAGACGAGAACGAUGAGCUCCGCCUACAAGUCGAAGGACUCACGGCACAGGUCAAUAGCUCGGUCAAGCGUCGGCCCAGCCAUCGGAAACGCCAAGGCAGUGAAAAGGUGCACCGUGUAGGUUCGGUUCUUUCCGACUACACGAAACCGAAGGUGAUACGACGGAACAAAGAAGGCGUGACGUCAUCAGAGGAGUCGGAGGAGGAUGAGGUCGAUGGCGCCGGUACGCAAGUUCACGUCAGACUUAGCGGCGAUGGGGGGUCCAAUGAGGACGGGGAAAACGAUGUCGAGAGGGAAAACCAUAGAAAAGAGAUUGAGCGUCUGGAAGGAAAGGUGCAAGAGUUAAGCGAUGCUAUAUCCGAGCACGAGGGUUCCAUCAAGGAACGAGACAUCACCAUUAACAACCUGAAGAACGAGGUGGAGAACCUGCGUUCCUCCAUGGAAAACAAGGAGGAAGACCUUAGACAGCGGUACGACGGCGAGCUAGCUAACCUCACUUCACAGUUCACAGGCGAGAUGGAACAACUGCAGAAGAAUUUCGUUAAAGAGCGAGAAGAAAUGGAGAAAGAUUACCAAAGCCAGAUUAACGAACUCGAGGAGUCGCUGAAAUCAGAGAAAGAAGUUCUAUCAAAGGAUCUUGAAGGCAGCUUCUCCCAGAUGAAAGAAAUGUUGAUCAGCGAGUACGAAUCCGAGAAGGCGGAGUUAGAGAACGAACACCAGGGCGAAAAGACAAUGCUCGAAACGUUCUUCCACAGUCAACUUGAGGAAGCCAAAGCAAACUUCAACGAGGAGAAGGACAAAUUACGGGAGAAAAUUCACGUUCUUGAGGAAGAGAAAGAAGAACUGGAGCUAAAGUUUCUGAAUGAGAAGUCAGCUAUGGAGCAGCAAUUUAGAAUCGAGAAAUCUGAAUGGGAAUUGAGCUCAAGCAGUUCUAAGGCGGAGUUCCAGAAAAAUCAGCGUGACUGGAGUAAUCUGAAGACUGAGUUGGAGAAAAGCCAUCGCGAAAAGAUUCACGAGUUGGAGUCAAGCUACAGAAAGGAAAAGUCUACACGAGAGGAGGAAUUUGAUAACCAGAUGUGGGAGUUGAAGCAGGGUCAUAGUAAAGAGGUUGCAAGCUUGAAGCAGAAUUUCGAACAGCAGAAAACGGAGCUUGAGCAAAUGCUUUCUCGGGAGAAGUCGGAGAUGCGGGAAGCGCGUACUAGGGAGCAAAAUGAGAUGCAGCAAAAAUUUAAAAGGGAGCUGUCUGAAUUGCGGGAGACGCUCGAGAAAGAUCAUGUUCAUAAUUUAGCUGUCCAAGAAGCAGAACUUAGAAAAGAAUUUUUACAGGAUAGGUCAGAAUCUGAGAAAAGUUUGAAGGAAGAGAAGUAUAAACUAGAAGAGGAAUUCCAAGCGAAUGUUGCUUCAAAUGAGAAAAACUUUCAGAAAUGGAAGUCUGAGAUAGAGGAGCAUUUUAUGGAAGAAAAAGCUAAACUGCUUCAAAAUGCAGCUCGUGAAAAAGCUGAAUUAGAACAAAAGUAUUUAGAUGAGAUCACAGAAUUAAGACAGGCUUUCCACGAAGGCGAAGCCGGUUUGCAAGGACAAUUAAAGGAUGACUUUUUAUUACUUUUGUCCCAGCACAAAGCUGAGUUGGAGGAGAGUUACGCGAGGGAAAAGGCACAACUUGAAGAAAGUUAUUUCCGAGAAAAGGAAGACUUCCAGCGUAGCGGUCUGGUCCAGGCAAGCGAAGUGAAGGAAAGUUACAAUCGCGAGAAACAAGAACUGGAAGAGAGUUACAAACAGAAAAUUAAGGAAUUACAGAAAAACUUUGCGAAAGAGAAACAAGAAAUUGAGGAUGAAUAUGCUCACGAAAAGGAAAAUAUUCGAGCGGAGCUUGAGAAUGAAUUUUCCGAGAAAAUAAAAUCUGAGAAUGAAGCCUUGGAAGAAACGGUAAAACAUUUACAGGGUGAAAUUAAUUACCUGAAAGAACAAAAGAAAGAACUUGAAACUAAAGUACAGAGUCUUGAGCUGAAGUCCCUUAGUAGCAAUUCUCUAGAUUUUCGGGUCGCUAAAGAAAAGAUAAGUGACUUAGAACAGAAGGUAAAUCAACUAGAGAGAGAGAAGAGUCGGCUGCUUGAGGAAAACGCGGAAUUUAAGGUGCGGAUGGAUGAGCUGGAAUCUGAAAAGUCGGAGCUUUCUGACAGCGUGUUGAACAAGCAACGACAACUUCUAAAGGCAGAAGAGGAUAUAAAAGAGCUUACCCUUAAGGAUCAGGAACUUGAUGUUACCGUAGAACUUCGCGGCGCUGAGAAACAACAACUAGAAGAGGAAAUACUUAACCAAACGCACCAGAUCACCAAGUUAACCGAGCAAGUGACCGGCCUGGAAACAGAGAUCAAAGAGGUUCGGCAACAGAAGGAUGAAAUUAAUGUCCAUCUUAGUCUUAGCAUCGCGGAGAAGGAACGAUUAGAAGAGAAACUAUUUGAGCGCGAAUCCACGAUUGGUGGACUCGCAUCAACCAAUCAAGAGCUGUCAAGCAUUAUGGAGAAAAAUAAGGAGAUUGAAGAGUUGUUGAGGACAAGGGAAUCAGAUAACGAUCAACUACAGACAACACUUCGUGAGCACAACAUCGAGUUGGAGACGGAAUUGGCAGACAUGGAGUUGGAGUUACAGAAAUCGGCCAUGAAGUGUGAGGAACUGGAGGCGUUAUUAGACGUACGGGAAUCUGAAAAUCAAGACCUUGAAAAGAGAGUCAAAGAAAGUAUAUCCGAACUAGAGAAGAGCAAACACGAGGUGGAUGUUUUGAGUCUUAAGGUGGAGGAACUAGAGACUUUGAGAGCAAAGGAUCUUAGUGAUGCCCAACUUCAGCAAGAGGCUCGACUUGUAGAGUUAGGGGAACUGCUAAACACUCGGGAUAUUGAGUUGAAAAAUUAUGAAAAUUGCGUGAAAGAAAAGUCUUCUGAAAUUGGACAUUUGCAAGAAGAAAUUUCAGGACUAAGACAGAGAAUUCGCCAUCUUGAAGAAGUUGAAAUCAAAGAGUUGUUAGAGAACGCCCAUCAACAGAGAGAAGCGUUCAAUGCACUCAAGACUGAGCUUACUGGCGUGACAACCAAGCUAGAGGAAGUCGAGAAGGUGUCGGUCAAAGAACUAGAGAUUGAACUGGAUAGAAAAAACACUAGGAAUAGAGAGUUAGAGAAGGAGCUUUCAAAGCUGAAUACGAAACUUGAUGCAGUCGAGGAUUCACACCGUAGAGAACUUGAGCUUCGUGUCCAACAAAAAAGCGUCAGAAACACGGAACUUGAACUUGAAGUUGCCAAAAUGAAAAUUGAGAACAGACAGCUUGUGACCCAACUGAAGGCCAAAACAUCUCACAACACUGAGCUUCAACAAGAAGUCGAAGUGUUAAUGAAAAAGCUCGCGAAUGUUGAAAAUAAUCAGGUAAAAGAGCUAAGGGACUGGGUACGAGAAAAGAACGAGCAAAACGCAAAGCUAGAACAACAGGUGGCGCAGCUGACCAAGAAAAUCGCAGGCCUGGAGGAAACGCGCCGGAAACAUCUCGAAGCAGAAAAGACCAAGAGCAGUAUCGUCUCCCUGGAGAGAAAGCUUGAGGAGGUCUGUAACAAGAAGAACGUGGUUGAGAAGCUCCUUAGAGAGAAGAACGCUUCUUGCACUGAUUUGCAGGAAGAGGUCUACAGACUCAAGGAGAAACUCGCCAACAUGGAAAACGCGCACCAGAGGGAGAUGGAAACGGAAAAACAGAGGGUAAUGGUUGCUACCACAGAGCUCGCCACGCUCAAGUCCAGGAACCAGCGAGAGAACGCCGAGCUCAGGGACCAGCUCCACCGCGCCAACAUCUCAUCUGAGCGCGACCAGGCGCUCAGGGAGAAGGUGUUCAACGAGGCUAAAGCUGAAGUCAUGUCUCUCAAUAAGAAGUUGGAAGAGAAAAGCCGCCGACUACGCGAGUUAGAAAGCGCGGGUGGCCUGUGGGAGGGGCGCAUCCGGGAACUCGAGAAGCAAAAGCAGGAGCUCACGCAUCAGUUGAUGAAAACUCGGGAAGCACUGGAUGAGCACGUGGCGAGACUGAGCAAAGAGCUUCAGCAGAAGGAUACCAAGUGCCUGAGGUCAGACACACUGGUGACAGAACUAUACAUCGAGAACGCCAAGCUGAUGAAGGCGCUAGCGCAGACCGAGGCGAGCGAGAAGAAAGCCGAAAAGAGCAACAGGCAACUCAUGGAGCAGAAGCGAGCACUACAACGAGUCAUCUCGAAACUGUGCGGCGCUAAUGCUAUAGCAUAGAUAAUGACAGGAAUACGUUAAGUGCUUAUAACAGGUCUGCGACCGAAAGUAACUAUGGGUGUGGACUGGUGUUUUCUCUGACUGAAGGACAUUUAUACCCAUAGUACCUUGCGGUUUUGGAACUAGCGUUUGUUUACCAUUUAAUCGGAAAAUCUGGGAUGAGAUCCCAGUUUUUCGGAGUGCGAUAAUGGUAAGAAAAAGGUUCCUAUAUUCCAGAAUUGCUUCUGUACCCAGAAAUUAUACUUUGUGGUCCUGGGGCAUAGUGGCUGAUGGGGGCCUCGGUCAAAUAUUAUAUGGAUAACUGCAAAUGGUACACGAUUUUCCGGAAUUUCUGGUAUCCCCGGUGAAAGUGGACUACCCCUGUACCAUUUAGAAAAUAACCAGAGGUACCGGAAUUCCCGAUUAAAUCGUAAACAACCAACAUUUCCCUUUGUAACGAUAAAUCAGCGCGUGUGAUAAAGACAAUGCGAACACUGAUAUAUAAACAAGAGCCAUAACAAGGGAUAAUUUCACCUCCCUUGAUCCAUCUUGGGUUGUAGGCUGACUUAUUUUACGAAAAUCCCAAUGUCAUUCUGUGUCUUUGUUCGCAGAAUGCUCAAAAUCGAAAUAAGCUCUCAAGGAACUAAAAAAUACAGUUUUCUUUAUAUUUUUCUCGAAAACAUACGUGUUCUUAUCAAAUUUAUCGCAGUGUUUAUUGUGGAACGUUGAAUUAAAAGAAUCAAAUUUGUAUUGUACAUUAGUAGAUAUUGUAGUAAGAAUUUGAACAUAAGAAAUAUCAAUUUACAGAAUAUUCUAUUUUUAUACAUACUAACGAAACUGCGUGAUCCAUUUGAGCGCCAAGAGUGACUUGCAAUUGUAACCACUUAUUUAUGAUAGCAGUUCCAAAUAUCUCUUACCUUUCCUUAAGAGCAUUUUCAACGAAAAACAAAAACAAGUUUAAGCAUAUUGUCGUUGCCGAAUUAUUGUAAAAUGAAUUUAAGAUUUGUUUGUCACAUCUUAAAUGUUUUCAGUAAAACAUGUUCUUUAUCUAGCAUUGUCAUACCAUGACUUAAUGUGAAUUCCCGCAAGAACUUUUUUAUCCAAUGUUCAUUACAACUGAUGUAGAUAUUAUAUUACAAGAGUAUUAUGUAAGAUGGAAAUAAAUAAACAGUGUACGUCGA